AUGAACCGCUAUGCUGUCUCCAAUGCAGACUCCCAGGCGCCGGGGAUGCCCGACCCACCGCCCUUCAAAUCAUUCCUGACGAGCGCCUGGACGGGAGCCUCGUUUGCAAGGACUCCGGGAGCCCGGCCGGGCAUCACUGGUCAGACGGAUAAUGCCUCGUUGGUAAGAAUUCGGCGGGCAGCAGCCACGAUCCUUGCCGCGUUGCGGGAUGGCAUGCAUCUUCUAGUGAACAAUGCGGGCGUGAUGAGCAUUCCGGACCUCCGACUGACCGAGGAUGGCCAUGAGACACAUUUUGCCACCAACUACCUGGGGCACUUUCUCUUGUUCCAACGCUCAAACCAGCCUUACUGGCCAGCGCGAAUCCGAGUUCUGCUUCGCGGGUGGUCAUGGUGGCUUGACCCGCCACCGUGA